AUGUCGCUCCGCGCAUUGUGGGACGACCCAGAUCUGUUUUACUGGGUCCGCCUAUUUCUAAUCUUUAUUGCCACACUUACAGGAUGCAAUUUCCUUGCUAAUGUUGCGUGGCGUGCUGCGCUACGUGACACGAAUGGUGAAAAGCGUCGUCAGAUCUUGCAAAAGCUGGGUCGUCUGAACGAUGGACGUAUGUACAUGUUCGUUGGAUUCCUGCACCCAUACAGCCAUGGAGGCGGAGGAGGCGAGCGUGUCUUGUUCGAGGCCAUCAAGUACCAGCAACAAACCGAUGCCAACAUUAUUUGCGUUGUGUACACGGGUGAUAUUAGUCCCCUCCAAGGUGGGGUAUCGAAAGAAGAUAUGCUCGCGCGCGCUAAGGAGCGAUUUGGCUUAGAAGUCGAUGCUUCGCGUCUUCACUUCCUCCCGCUACGCAAUCGCUACUUGGUCAGUGAUACAUUCUGGCCUGCCUUCACGCUUGCUGGCCAGGCGUACGGGGCAAACCGUUUGGGAUACGAAGCGCUUGGUAUGCUGGUACCGGACGUGUUUAUCGACACGACUGGCUAUGCUUUUGCCCUGAGCCCGGUUAAGAACUUCUCCAAACAGGUGCGCGUGGGUGCGUAUGUCCACUAUCCUACGAUUAGUACAGAUAUGCUGCGUCGUGUGCGAAAUCGCGAGGCUGGUGUAACCAACUCGUCGUGGAUUGCUGCAUAUGCGCCUGUGUCGUGGGUCAAGUAUGUGUACUACCGCAUUUUUGCUGCCAAGUACGGUGCUGCGUUGCGCAAGGCCGAUGUGAUUGUGUGCAAUGGUACGUGGACCCAUGCGCACAUCCAGGAUCUGUUGCAGUACCGCGUACCUCGUCCCUGGUCGACACCGCAACUGCCCACGCUCCGCAUUGUGCACCCGCCCUGCGAUACCGAGUCGUUCGCCAAAAUCCCACUGGAUCAUCGUCAGACGCGCUGGAUGGUGAGCGUUGCGCAAUUCCGUCCGGAGAAAGACCAUGAACUGCAGUUGCGUAUUCUUCGUGGACUCCUGGACAAGCAUCCUGAACUCAAGUCUUCUCGUGGGGCCGAUCGGCCUCUACGUCUGAUUUUGAUUGGCAGCUGCCGGAAUGAGGCGGACCAAAAGCGCUUGGCCUCGCUCAAAGCCCUCGCAAAAGAGCUCUUAAUUGAGAACCAUCUUGAGUGGCAUAUCGAUGCGCCGUACUCCGUGCUGCUGGAAAAAAUGCGUCAAGCCAACAUCGGUCUGAGUACCAUGGUCGAUGAGCACUUUGGUAUUGCCGUUGUAGAGUUCAUGGCAGCCGGUUUGCUUACGCUCUCUCACGCGUCCGCCGGUCCUAUGCAAGACAUUGCUGUGCCGGUGGAUGGCAUGGAAACAGGCUUCCACGCACGCACUCUCGAUGAAUAUGUUAAGACUGCUUAUCGUCUUAUGUGUAUGCCUGCAGAUGUUGCUAUGAAGAUUCGUCAAGUGGCACGUACCCGAGCUACGACGACAUUCAGUGAUACAGAAUUCCAGCGUAGCUGGCGCAAGAACAUGUGGGACGAGCUCGUGCCGCCUGAGCUCAUCGCCAUGAACAACCGUCUCCUUGCCGAGCGUGCCAAGGCGCAACAGCGACUCGCGGCAGCCUCUGCGUCGGUGGUGUCUACACCUGCCUCCAAGACUCAGACGGAGGAAGACGCCGUACCGGAUGCGCCGGCGGGUCAAACCCUCUCCGAUGCUGAGGCCGUGACCACGGCCAUGCCCGAGGCUUCAACAGCGACGCGUCGUUCUGUACCUUCUUCUUAG